AUGGUCAAUUGGCCCUGUCGCUACACCACCCAAGCACCGGCCCAUUCCUCUUAUUCGCGCAGUAUCACGUUGAAAGCGCACCGGUCGGUGACGCCGGGGGCCGCGACUCGGGUCUGGUGGAAGCUACAUGAAGCUCGCCAAGUGCGGCCUUUUCUGCGCGUCAUCCCGUUACAAGACGGAAUCCCCACCUUCAUAAUGCCUGCCAUCAACACCGUUGUCGCUCGCGACGCUCUCAGCACCAUCGCCAAGCGCGAGAACUGGGCCCAGCAGGAGGCUGGUGUUGUCGUCGUGUUCUGUAUCGUCUUCGUCGUCGCUGCCGGUCUCUUGGCUCUCUGGCUCCACAAGUGCAUCACUGCCCGCAAGGCCAGGAAGCAGACCGUCUAA